CAGAUAAAAGUUGUUGUUCAUCCUAGGAUCUCAUAGAUGGAAUUUAAGGAAAAACAAGAAAGAAGGGAAACCCCAUCAAUUAGGUACCAGUGCCAAGGAAUACAAAAAUUAAUGAACAUAGGUAGAGAGAUUUAAAGUUGUUCCAAAAUAAGGUGAAAUUAAGGAUGUCAGGGGCACAAGGAGCACAACCAAAGGAGGCCUAUACUGCUACAACGUAUGAAUCAAAAGAUGGAGGAGAGAACAAGCCCAGAACCGACCUUUAUUCCAAGGAGGAUGAGGGCUAUGUUGAGGUUGAUAAAAUUCAGGAGAAAGUAGAGGAUCCUGUGGGCAAGGGAGGUCCUGUUUUCGGUGCUGGCAAGGAUGAUGACAAGGGGGACUUGGGUGUGACUGGAACUGGUUGAUUAAUUAGUAUGCAUGGUCUUUUUUGUUCUUUCUUUUCUGUUUUUCUGUUAAGUUCUGAUAGUUUCUAUGGGUGUAAAUCUUUAAUCUAGACUCUUUCAUUUUUUUUUCAUGGUUUUUUGAUCAUGGUAUUUGGUCUUAAUUUUGUAUAAAAGGUUGAUUCUCUGCACUCAGAAAAGUUUAUUUUGGUAACAGAGAGUUCUGAUGUAA